CAGCGUCCUAGCCUAACUAGUAGUAUUUUUAUGGGAUGAACAUACAGCAAUAUUUGUCAGUUUAAAGUUUACCGAUAGGUUAACAUUGCAACAAUGGCGGAAAAGGCGAUGAAGCUCGGGACCAGGGUCGAAGUCAUUGGCAAGGAUGUAGUUGGAGUCGUUGCCUACGUUGGCUCGACAAUGUUCUCUAGUGGGAAGUGGAUAGGUGUGGCACUUGAUGUGCGAAAGGGGAAAAACAAUGGUGUAGUCCAAGGCAAGAAAUAUUUCACAUGUCCUGAAAACCAUGGAAUAUUUGUAAGGCAAUCACAGCUGAACGUGUUGAAUGGCUCGGAGGCCCCGAGUCCUGCUGCUAGUGAAGGUGACUUGAGUAAGAGCCUAGAAUCGAGUCAAGAACUCAAACCAAAAUCAGCUGCUGCUACACCUGAUAGACCAUCAAAAAUUCCAUCAAAGGGUUCCUCUCCAUCACCAAAAGAUGUGAAACCUAGCCGAGAGGCGAAAAGCCUAACUUCGUCUGUUGUUGAGAUGGAUACCGAUGCUGCCAUCUCCAACCUUCAAGGAAGCACAGCUGUCAUUGCUGAUCAGCUGUCAGUACUGCAGCAUCAACAAGAAAUUGAAAAUCUAACAUCAGAGAUAAAAGAUCUGAAUGAAAAGAUGGAAACACUCAAGAUUAAACGAACGGAGGACAAAAAUAAGCUCAAGGAAUUCGAAAAAGUUAAAAUACAAAUGCAGCAGCUUGUUGAAUACAAAACCAAGAUGCAAGAGGCGCACGCAGAGCUUAAUCGGCAGCUGCAGAACGCGAAGAAGGAAGCGAAGGACGCUGUGGAAGCGAGAGAUCGCCAUGCCGACGAGAUGGCAGACGGAGCCGAGGCUCUUGAGUUGGCGGCUCUGGACAAGGAAAUGGCCGAGGAAAAGUCAGAGCAGUUACAGGCUGAAGUCGAUCAACUGAAGGAGAAGUUAGAGGAAGUGACACUGGAUUACGAAAUCAUGAAACAAGAAAUCAGUGACCAGGGUAAAGACAGUGUUGCCACUAGUUACCAGGUUACACAGAUGGGGCAGCAGAUGGAGCGGCUAAAGGAAGCAUUGGUCAAGAUGAGAGAUUUCUCGCAGCAGGAGAAGGUCGAGCAUCAGCGCGCGCUGAAGGAAACCGAGAAGAUGAAGCACACGCUGACUGCGCUCACUAAAGACAAGGAGAAGCUGACGGGCGAACUAGCCGAGGCGGAGAGCCAGCUUGGCGAACUGAAAGAACAGGUGGAUGCAGCAUUGGGAGCUGAAGAAAUGGUCGAAACGUUAGCCGAGAAAAAUCUGGCGCUGGAAGAAAAACUUCAGGAGAUGGAGGAAACCGUUGCAGAUUUGGAAGCUCUACAUGAAAUGAACGAAGAGAUGCAGGAGAACAGCAGAGACACUGAGCUUGAGAUGCGGGAACAGCUAGACCUUUCUAGACAAAAGAUUCGAGAGGCUGACAAGAUGGUUGAGGCAUCUCAGGAGACGAUGGUCGACUAUGAACAGACGAUACAGAAGUUCCGGCGGCUCGUCGAGGAGUUGCAGGAGAGGAAUCGUGACCUCAUCGAUCAGCAGCAGUCAUCGGAGAGCAAGGCCAGCGCGCAGACGGCGCCCGCAGAGAAGUUUGACUUCAAAAUGCACAUCGAGGAAGUGAAGGCUCAUUCCAAGGCUAUAGACAUGGAACUGCGAAAACUUGAAGUUCGGCAGGCAAACGAGCACAUUCAGAUGCUGUGCUCGUUCAUGCCAGAUACUUUCAUGGCCAGAGGAGGUGACCAUGAUGCCAUGUUGGUGCUGCUGCUGGUUCCGCGCAUAUGCCACAAGGCUGGUCUGCUCGCAGAACAAGUCUCCAACAAGUUUGAACUGACGGAGAAGAUUACUAAGGAGCUGGUGAUAAAGUCUCAGAAGGCAGAGCAAGCGAGUUAUGCACGUGGAGUGGUACACUGUUUAAUCUCCUUGCAGACUGUACUGCACAGGAUUGAGAGUUCACUAGCACUCUGUCCCGUUGAUCUGUUCCUGCGAGUGGGUAGCCUGUACUCUGACUUCAUCCUUCAUGAGAAGACAGUUGACUUCUUCAUACAGCUACUGAAGAAAGACCAGCUAGAUGAAAACAUCUCUCUGGAACCCCUAGAGAAAGCCUGUGCUUUCUUCAAUCACGUAUACUCGACGUACUUGAGUGAGAACGGGGAGAACUGCACACAGUACCUGGGCAAUCACGUGAAGAUGUUCAACGCCGCAUGUGACUGGGUCUCGCUGGACAUUGGCCGGCUGCAGCUCAUCAUGCUGCCCGGUCAAGAGACGAGCGAGAUCAGCAUCCUACUCAAGGACAUCGCGACGUACAACGACGACAUCAAGAUGUUCCUGAAGAAGAUCAAGCGUAGGAUGCCUCAGGAUGAAGCGCAGCAUCCGCUCGUCUUCAGUAAGGACGUGCAGAGCGUCGUCACGUCGUGCGCCGCCGACCUGAACAAUGUUGCACACACAGUGAGCGAGCUCGCUAGUGGGGCCAUGCAGCAGCUAGCUGUGCUGCCAGAUGUUGAUGGACUGCCAGCUAAGAAGUUGGAUGAGUUAGCCUUCCUUGCAUCCGACAAGGUUUACGGAGCGGAUGAUGGCGGACCGUUCGAUUCGCUGCGGCAGAGCAUGCAAACCUGCAUGGCCUCCAUGAAUAAAGUGACGGCGGCAAUGCAGGAGGGCGAAUACGAUUACGAUGGAACACCUAAAAGCAAGCCUACAGCGCCUAUCUUUCUACGUGCUGCCACAAUGAAGAGUCAGGUGAGUGACAUUGAGAACCUCAAGUUCAAGGUGGAUGCAAAAGAGGAAGAUAUAAAGGAGCUGAAGAAAGCUUUGAAGAUUAGGGCAGAGGAAGUUUCGGAGCUCAACGUAAGAAUAGGUCUCGCUGAAAAAAAGCUGGAGAAUGCAUCCAAAGAUGGUGAUGAACGAGCAGCCAAGGUGCAGAGGAAACUAGACGAAGCUGUUACUGCCCUCAAGAAGAAAGAGAAGGAGUAUGAGCAGACGAUGGACGUCCUACAGGGUGAUAUAGAUGCUCUAGAACAUGAGAAGUCUGAUCUGAAAGAGAAGCUGAAAUCCCUUGCAAAGAAGGCGAUGGUUGAGGGCCUUGCAAAGUCGCCAGCACUGAGUGCAAUCAUGGGCGUUGGCGCAAGCAGCAGUCCUGCCUUCAUUCCGUCGGCUCCAGCAGAGGUAAAGGAUUCACCUCUGCUUCUAAGUCACAUCACAGCACUCAAAGAAGCUUUGCACACGACCAGGGAGGAGAGCUGGCGCCUCAAGUGCGACAAGAUGAAGAGACAGAUGGAAUGUCUUUCGCCUCUCAUCGUUCCGCGGAAGGCGAUCGGUACAGCGGCUCACGUUACUCAAGUGUCGGCCAGCAUGCCGGCCGCUGAGGGGGGCAGCACCAUCGAAGCGCUGCGUAAGAGGACCACGACGCUGUUCACAGAGUUGAACAAGCUCAGCAGCUGUCCGAAGGUUGUUGACAUCACAAGGUGUAAGCCAGGUGCUGAGCCAGUGACAGGAUUGACUAAUCCUAGUAGGCAGCUGACAGAGUCUGCAGCUAGGGUUUUACAGCUACAAAAUGAGGCUCUAGAUCUUCAGGUAUCAGUGACCAAUCUGCUUGCCUCUUAUCACACGGGAGGACAAGUACGCACUGAUUUCUCUGCGUUUCCCACUCCAGGCUUUGCCAAGGCCCUGCAGGAGAAGCAUGGAGACGUGAAGCAGUUUGGCCGUGUCUCGUUCCCCCGGCCGGACGGCACGCGCGACGGCACCCCGACGCGUGUCCCCAUCGUCAUUGCACCCAACAAGUUCAAGGCCAUUCACGAGCACUUCCUGAAGUGAUCGCCACGGUACCGUCUUGCGGAGCAGCAGCCAGGAAGCUGAGGUCAGUCGACGGACGGAUCAAUAAACUCACCCCUUGCUAUCGGCAAUUGAAACUACAGUCAGAAAUGUGUUAACGAACACCCUUGUAGGACGGCUUGUCUAUUAGUAACACCUUUGAAGGUUUGCCUCGAUUGAGUCUUAUAUACAGGCAUGACUGUACCCGUUCUUCUACACUGUUGUGAUACAUGAUGUGGCCUGAUGUAGCAGUAUGUACAUCAAUGGUGCAUGGCGAUGGUGUGGCCAAUCGAGUUUCGUCACUACGAAUUUUGUUGAGUGCGUGAUAUUAUGCAAGCCAACCUUUGAAAUAAUGGUACAGAGAAUUCGCGUUACAAUCUAGAUGCAACACUGAGUUGCAUUAGUACAAACAGUUAUUUUAUUGUAGGUGCUGUGUUAUUGUAGAAUUGAUGCCCCUUUUGUGUUCUGGCUAGUGUACAUGUGUGCUAAAAAUUGUUAAUCCGACUAGAAAAAGCAAUCGUUAAGGAAAACGUGCAUAGCAACGUAUUCAUUCUAUUUGAGGGGGCAUUACAUCAUAGCCUGCACCUUAUUCGUUACAUGGUAAUAUCAGGAGUGGAUAAUAGAGAUUAGAGGAGAUCUCUAUUAUUCACUCCUGGUAAUAUCCUGUCACGCUGCAGUCACAGUAGUAGCAACGUGGUAAAUCAUUUAAAAUCUAGUCCUUCAUUAAGAGAAGUUUCGCACGUAUUUGCACACAUUUAGUUGUUACCAGAUUAAAUAGCCUAUUUAAUAAAAUACGAAACGAAGUGUGAUGCAGUCCAAAUAUCAUUUAUGUGGUUGAGAAUAGCGUAUAUAUGAACUGUGGAUGCUGUUGCAUCGAUCCAUCAUUGGAAAUUACUCAAAUUGCUUCCAUUUAAAUUUCCUUGGAGUGAUAAGUGAUCUGAAAACAUGGUAUAUAAUCGUUCUCAAUAUCUAUCUAUCCUCAGCUUCCAUGUCUAGAUAAAACUUUCAUUGUGUAUGUGGUUAGUGAGAUCAGCAAUGAUCCAGUGCUCUAUGCUACAGUUUUGCUAUUUAUUCACUUGCAUUGUCUUUCUAAUGGUUGUAUAACCGCUGAUGUACCUUAUAUAAAUUAAGUUGGCACGGUUAGCAUUUCUGUAUCGCAACAAAGGUUAACAUAUCGUAUUCGCACUGCUGGGUGUGUAUCUAACCGCUCCAGUAGCACUGAUCUUUCUAGGCUGCACCGCUACCUGCAUGCUUGGCGACAGAAUAAUGUGGGUUGCUGCUACGGAGCAGUGCAGGCUUUUGUACGCACUAUGAAAAGCCUCGUUCUUUGCGAAGAUGGUCACGUUGUUUAGGAUGGUGAAGGCCUUCAUAUUUAAUGUGGGAAACAACGAAGCUGCUAGUAUUUAUUGCGCAUUGAGACACAGUGAUUAUAAGCCCCUGAUGUUAAUAUCUGCUGGUAUGAAUGCGCAUCCAGGAGGUGAAGACCUACGUAAUGGAAAAAUCAAUGAAGUAGUUGGGAGGCAACGGUCAUCCGAGGAAUUCGAUGAAUGUCUUUUGAGUUUUAUGAACACGCAUGCAUAGAAGGUCUGCCUUCAAUGUCAUGGCAUAUACUGGUAUAAGGUUAUAGUUAUAUAGUUUAUAUAGUUGUAAUUGUCAUCUCGAAAAAACUAUACCGUUAGAAUAUGAUUUUUAUCAAAUAAUCAUUAAAUUAUUAUUAAACUUUACGCGCACAAUGUGCCUAAAUCGCGAGUGAACUUUCUCGUUCUUAGAAAUGUGGUUUGCAUCUAUUAUUAGUUAGCAAAUUUUUUUAGGUUAUGAGGCAAAUUCAUAUGGUAUGUAUAAGGGUUAUUGUUUCAUAUGAGCUGCAUUAUGUAACCAGCCUUUGUUUGCUUACAAUAUUGUAUUGCGAUAUAUAUAUAUUAUAUAUAAUAUAUAUGGUAUAUGAAAAGCCAAA